AUGGCCUGGAAUGCUGCACAGUCGUCGCCACCAAACAGUGCAGCUUCGACGAGCUCAUCCCUCUACUCCGCCAUGAGCCAACCUGACGACCGCGUCGACUACGCUAGGACGACGAUGCAUUCACGACAAGUUUCCAACCCAUAUGCCGGCCAUCCUCAUUCUCCAUCUCUCCACUCUUCCACCCCAGAUCCAGCUUUGUCGUUUGAUUCUCCUCAGAUCCAAAGCAGCAUUGGGCCCAGCCGCAUCCUCACCCGCCGCCGUGCACGCGCUGCCACUCAUAUCGCCGAGUCGGCACAAUCCACCCCAGGCCAGCCGUACGACGUCAGUCCUUCACCUUUUCCUCUCAGAUCAUCUCCUGAUCUAUUCGUAUCAUUUUUCAAGCGACGUCAGCACUCUCUCGCGUUCGCUGGCCCCUCGCUGUCUCGUCCGCAGACUCCGAGUGGCGACCUCCCGGCUCUGCCACUCGGUGUCAAUGCUGGCCCCGUUGGUUCCAUUUCUGUUCCCUCUGCACCGUAUCAUUUCAUGCCCUCUCAUUCGCGCUCAACAUCUGGUUCUGCCUCCUCUUCCAAUGCCCGUUCCGCGUCCCCGGCGCUUAGUGUCGCUUCCACUAGGACCUCGCUAUCUUCCUCGACCUCUGCCCAUCUGUCACACCCGUACCCUUCCUAUCCGGAAUCAGACGCGCAAGUCGAAUCGACACGUCCCAAGCAUAAGAAGAAGCGUCUCCUCAGCAUCCAUCGCAAGGAGAUAUGCGAGUUCGCCCUCGCCCACGACAGCAUGAAGCAGGAGGAGAUCGCAUCUCAUUUUGGCGUCGAGCGCAGCACUGUCAGCAAAAUCCUCAAAGAAAAGCAUAGGUGGCUCCACGUCCGCGACGACGAGAAAGUUGCCGUCGCAAAGUUCAGACCGUCCAAGUUUCCGGAGAUUGAACAUCAGCUUGAGAAGUGGCUGCAGCAAUGCACCAAAGAUGACGUUCACAUCACCGACGCCAUGAUUCGCGAGGAGGCAAAGCAGGUUGCGCGCAACCUCGGCUGGUCAGAGGACCGGUUCAAGGCCAGCUCUGGGUGGGUCGAGAACUACAAGAUUCGGGUCGGAAUUAAAGGUGGAAAGUGCUCCGUCGUCGGCAGGGACGCGCUCAGAGCCCGCGCGAACGGCUGUGGUUUUUUACCUCCCGACGUCGCCCAGCAUACGCCCGACGAUCCUCUCCAGCGCGAGCUCGACGCACUCCCUGCAUCCCUGCCUGAUCCUCCGCCGGCCCCAGCUCAGGACCGUGCGCUUGAGCCGGAGUCGGGUCAUGAAGACAGGCGUACCAUUCAAACCUCAUCUGCCAUGCAGGUGGGGUGGCCCAAUGCUGCUUCAUCCUCUGGUGUCUACGACCACCCGGUUGCCCACGAACCGCUCUCGCUUCCCUGCCCAGUGCCUCUAGCCAUGCCGCAACCUGACGGUGAGCAGCCCGGACAGACCUAUCUCGUUUCGCCGAUCGUGCAUAUUCACGAGCCAGAAUUUGUGCCGUCGCUGACCGACGCAGAGGCGCUGGUCGACAAGCUGCUGUUUUUUUUCGCGGACGAGGCCAACGCGGAUAUGAUAACCAUCGAGCAGGAGGAGACUCUCCGUGAGAUCAAGGUCGUACUGUACGAUCAGAUUCAGGGAUCCGUUCGCCGGUAA